GCUGUGGAAGGUUCUCACAAUUAGUUAGUGACUGAGAGUGCGGGAAAUAAGUAACGUUAUAUACUUAGUAUGUGCAUGUGUUGUGUGUUAGUCGGAACUAAGUGAAGUGUUAACAAAAUUGGUACCAAACAAAUUAAUGUAAACUAAAAUUUAAUAAAAUAUUUCAACUUCACUAAGUAGUCAGAUUGUUAUAAAAACAUUGUAAACUAAUUAUGAAACCGGUCUCUAUACUAACUGCUGCUAGUUUAGCUGUUGGCGCAAUUACUGUUUCUUGGUUCAUUUGGUCGCACUAUCGCAAAAGACGCGGACCACACCCGGCUAAGGAGUGGAUUUAUAUCGGUCAAAUAGGCGCAAUCAAUUUGUUUCCAAUUAAAUCUUGUGCAGCGACUAAUGUUGAUGCGGCUGAGUGCAAUAAAGAUGGUUUAAGUUUUCGUAAUAUACGUGAUCGUAAUUUGUUGGUGCUUGAUGAUGAUAACAAACUUGGUUCCGCUAUGACACAUCCAUUUAUGUUGAGCAUAAAAACUGAAAUUUUAUCCGAAAAUCAGCUUACUUUAUCUGCACCUAAUAUGCCAUCAAUUAAUGUUAAUUUAAAACAAAUAUUAGAAGGAGCAGAAGCAAGGGGAAAAUCUAUGGGGGGCUAUCGUUUGUUAUUGGUUGAAUGUAGACCAGAACAUCAUAUGUGGGUUUCUAAGGUAGUGCUUAAACGUUCAAAUGGUUUGCGCUUAUUUAUAUCAUUAGAUCCAGGUCUAGAGAUGAAAUGGUGGAAAAUUAAGAAGAGUGAUGUCUAUCCUGUCAUGGCGGUACAUGACAAAUCAAUUACGGAGUUAAACUCAAGACUGCCAGAGAGUGAACAAGUUGACCAUUUGCGCUUCCGUGGUAAUCUACUUGUUAAAAGUGAAUCAUGCCAUCAACCUUUUAUGGAGGAUGAUUGGGCUUGGAUGAAAAUUGGUAAAAGAUCUGGCAAAGUGGAUGAUACAACUAUAUUAAAAUUUACUGAGCCUUGUAAACGUUGUGCUAUAAUCAACAUCGAUGCGCUCACUUGCAAGCGUAAUCCUAAUUAUGAGCCCUUGAGAACUUUAAAAAGAUUUCGUACACGUUCUCAUCCUUUGGAGCCAGAAAUGGGUAUUUAUUUUGAUGUUUACAAAACGGGUAAAAUUUUCAUUGGCGAUCCCGUUUAUGUUCAGGUGAAAACAAAAGUUGAUGAGUUAUAAUUAUUUUUAUUUAUAUAAGCAAUUAUUGUUAAUUAUUCACUUAAUCAAUAUGUAAUUACAAAUAUAAUAUAAUCAUUUUAAAUUCACAAUACAAUGGUAAAUUAAAAUGCAUUUCG